AUGGCCGGCGGCGUCGCGGCCGUGGCCGGCCUGCCGUUCGCCCCCGCGCCGUUCGACCCCCACUCCUACUGGACCCAGAAGCACUUCGGCGGCGGCGCCGCCACCUCCCUCCAGACGGCCCCCAUGCCUGGCGGAACCGCGCGCGCGGCCGCGGCCGCGGCCGCCGCGCCGCCCCAGGGCCCGGUCAGCGCGCCUGAGCUCCGCGGUUACGGCGGCGGCCCGGCGUCGCUGCCGUCGCCAUCGUGCGCGGCGGGCGGCGCCGGGUUUGGCGGCGGCGGCGCGCCGUCGGGCUUCACCAUGUCUCUGUCGGGCCCCGCCGCCGCGCCCGUCCUGAGGCUGCCCGUGGUGCACUGGUGGCAAGACCCCAAGGCUGUCUUCGGCGACGGCCCCGGCCUGCUGGACCCCAACCAGCUUUGCGACGACGUCGCGAUCAGCGGCGGCCCCUCCCUGCCCCGCUCGCGCGCGCGCAGCGGCAGCGGCGCCGGCGGCGCCGGCGCCAAGCGCCGCGCGGCCGCGCACGGCGGCGACGGCGCGGGGUCGGACACUAGCUGCCAUGAGGCCGGCGGACGCCGCGGCGCGGCUGGACCGCCCGGCCGGAUGUUGCCGCCGGACGGCGCGCCUGCGUCUGCAGCCACUGCCGCGGCCGCGGCCGCCGCCGGCGCCGAGGCCGCCGGCGCCGGCGCCGGCGCGGGCCGCGGGUCGGCGUUCAAGCCGGUCGAGCGGCGCGCGUCACCGAAGCGGCACAACAGCCGCGUGUGGAGCAGCCGGCCGUCCAAGAUCGAGUCUGUGGAUUCCGACGGCAACGACUCCUCAAUGCUGCGCGCGCGCAAGCGCAAGCGGCACCACCACCACCACCAUAGCGCUGCCAGCGCCGGCGGCGAGGCGAGCCAGCGGACCGACGGCAGCGCGUUUGCGUCGGCGGCCGCAGGCAUUCUGAUGUCGCUGUCGUCGGGCGGGUGA